AUGCUUCAAAAAGGCCUCCAUGAAGAUAUGAACUCUGUGCCAUGGCCCAUAUCCAACACAUUCAAUUGUCACUUGCCACAGUCUCAAGCUAGGACCAAUCACAUAAAUUUUAUUAUUCACCCUUCCUCCAGCCCUAUUACAUUGAACAUCAACUUAUGUUUGACCUGUGCAUCAAUACAUCACAACCCUCCUGAUGUUGGCACGUUGAGUCUGAGACAACCCCCAUCAGAGGGUGCUGUAGCUAGUGUUCGCAAGUUCAGUUCAGUCUGGUUUUUUGCCCCCAAAACGCGCAACCGUGGACCGCAACCGGUCUAG